AUGUCCGUCUUUGCAGUCGCGUCGCUGCGACCUAUUUCGCGGCAAUGUCUGCAGCCCCGAACGGCUGGGCUGCUGUCUAUCCAUGCCACCUCUAGAAGUGCCCAUCUUCGUGCCAUUACUUUACUGCCACCAUCAUGGCAGAGGUCUCAAUCGACAAGCGCCGGGGAAGAAGCGCAAAAGAAUACACCUCCGAAUAAACCACAGAAGGUGACGUUUCGCCAAUUUGCUGGGCGCGCCCUGGGCGCUGGACUGCGGAACCUCGCGUUUGCCCUGAGCCCCAGGGGUAUCAAACAGGCAUACAAAGACUCGCCCGGUUCGACCUCCUUUGCCGUCGCCUUACUUCUCGUCACUCUCGGCAUCAGCGCCGUCGCGCUAAGAAGCUUUUACGCCCACUUCUACAACAACAACCUCAGCAGAUACCCCGAACCCGUUGCAAACACCCUCAGGCGAGCGAUUUACUACAGCAAUUAUGCGCCGGACCCCGAGCUCGCCCUAAAAUACUACAAAAAGGCUAUGCAGCAGUGCGCCGAGAUCGGGCUGGACCCAUUCUCGGAUGAGGUGCUCGGCAUUCGCAUCCAGGUGUCGGCCUGGCUUCAACAACUCGAAAACUACACGUCGAGUGGUGAGGUUCUGGCAUCGGUAUUAGCUGAUUGCCAGAAAUGGGUCAGUGUGAUGGCCAAGUCUGUGGAGGACGGCCAGGUGGACAAGCACGGCCAUUACAUCGAUUCUUCAAACCUGGCCGAUGUGAAGGAGCUCGGUGACAAGAAUCGGCCGGCUACCAACAGUGACGCGGUGGCCAAGGACGAGGAUUUGGAAACCCCACGCGAGACGCUUUGGCGCAAACGAGAACGAGUGCUGGCCACGGCUGUCAAAACCGCUGUUGCGUUGGGAGAGUUAUACGCAGAUGAACAUGUCCUCAAGCCAGAGAAAGCGACUGAGCAUUUUGUAUGGGCCGUUGAAACGACUCUCCAAGAAUUCAAACGUCGCCAAACCGAAGGAAAACAACCUGGCGAGGAGUCCUGGCUCACCCCCACUGAAGUCGGCGGUGCGAUGGAAUCGCUGGGGCGAGACUACGAGCGCAAGUCGCAGUUUCACCUGGCUAUUCCGUUAUUCUUCCAAGCGCUUCGCUUGUGUGAGCUUCCGUGCCAUCGCGCCGUCGUCAUGAAUAACCUGGCAGCGUCCUUUGCUCAGAUUCCCGCUUCAUUCCUGUCCGGCGCCCUGUCCGAGGGCCUGAAGGAUCUCGAGCGCGCCGAAAUGCCCAAGACGCGACCCGAAUGCCUCGAGGCGGCCGAAAACUGGGCAAAGAAUGCGUACAUGCAUGGCAAUGACGUCAAGGGCGACGAGCGGACACCGGAAUGCGACGAGGCGUGCGCCGUAGCCUUGUGCAACUGGGGCGACGUGGCUGCCAUGCUUGGUAAAACAACCGUCGCUAGGAAAAAGUAUGAACAGUGCAUUGAACUGUGCAACAAGCUCGACUUCAAGGACGGAGCCAAACAGGCGGCAGACGGUCUGAAGAAACUCGACAAAGGUUCCAACUAG